AUGCUACCCACCAACCCCCAACGUAUCCUGGAAUUUAACUACGACAUAUCCUGCCCAUUCGCCUACAUAGCGUCAACCCGCGUACUCUUAUUAGCCCACCGCACGAAUGCUACCCUGAUCUACAAACCCGUCCUCCUAGGGGCUAUCUACCGUGCAACAGCUGCACCCCAAGGCGCCGGCGGCUCAGCAUCCGAUGUCUUCAACUCAGCCAAGAAAGCCGUUACAGCGCAGGGUAUGCAACGCACCUUGCGCAGAUAUAACAUCCGAUAUAACCCACCUCCGCAGCAUCCACGGAAAACAGUGAAUGCACUGCGCUUACUGUAUUGCGUCACGGACCAAGAGAAGAGGAGGAUGUUAACAGAUAGGCUGUUCCAAGCUUAUUGGGUGGAAGGCAAGGACGUGAACUCCAAUGCCACUCUUCUGCAAAUCGCGAGUGAAUGUGGUAUCAAAAACAUGGGAGAAGAAUGUUUCGCCAAUGCCGAUGCGAGGAAAGCGCUAGAGACGUCUACCGCAGAAGCGAUUGAAAGAGGUGCUUUUGGUGUCCCGGGUUUCUGGAUUCCAUCUGCUGUGUGGACUAAUAUUGAUGGUGGGAAGAGGGAAGGGAGAUUUUUCUGGGGCCAAGAUCGGAUGCAUUUCGUUGAAGCGACAUUACUUUCUCUGUCUUCGUCGUCGUCGUCAUCGUCGCCUGGGAAGCCAUGGAGAACCGUACCAGCACUCAAGAGUCUGAUGCCUCGCUGUGUACCCAAUGAUACUCCUCACGGCCGUGUCAAACUGGAAUUCUGGUUCGACUUUAGCAGUCCGUGGGCAUUUCUGGCAUACACACAAUUAGAGCGAUUGAAGACGACGUUUGGAAAGGAUCUAGAGAUCGUCAUGAAACCGUUUCUGCUGGGGAUUUUAUUUCGCGAAAUUGGUGCGCCAAAUCUACCCAUGGCGGCGAUUAGUCCAGCGAAAGCGCUGUGGUCGAAGCAAGAUCACGCGGAUUGGACAGAGUACUGGAACGCUGUCAAUACGCAAGAUGCUGGAAAGGAGGAUAGUAUUGAAGAAGUGAAGUUCUAUUGGGCAGACGUUUUUCCGAUUCGUACGCCGACUGUGUUGAGGGUUGCGCUGGUGAAGCCCGAGACCACGAAGUUGUUGUUCGAAGCAUGUUGGUCGCACAACCAAAACGUCUCGGACGAUUCUGUCCUGCGAACCGUUCUCGACAAAGGUGGCUUCAACGGCACUGAUCUCAUUGCGCGCGCAAAUGAACCAGCAGUCAAAGCCAGAUUGCGGACCGCUACUGCAGAGGCAAAAGAAUUGGGUCUUUGUGGUGUGCCUACGUAUCGUGUGCUGAGGCAAACAAAUGAUGGGGAGUGGAAGGCGGUUGGUGGGUUGGUGUGGGGGCAAGAUGAAACUAACAUUGUGGAAGACUUGAUUGCUGGAUGGAACCCGGAGAGUUCAGGGGAGGUGGCUAGGGUUACGAGGGAAGCGAAGGGUGCGACUUCGAAGUUGUGA